AUGGCAACGCUCACCGCCCGCAUCAGCCUCAAGGGCGACGAGCCCGACGGCCCGGAAGACUACCUCUCCACAUCCCUCGGCGUCAUCUUCCCCGACGACAUCGUCAACCAGCACGGCGACGCGGAGCACUCCCUGCUCUACGCCUCGCCGAAGCUCCCCAAGACGCUCCAAAUAGAACUCGCCGAACCAGAGCGCGAGACCGACCGCCGUCUGUUCAGCCAUUACCUGUGGAACGCGUCGUUGCUGCUGGCUGAGUUUAUCGAGAGGGACUCGUUGGAGACGGAUGAGGAGGAGGAGAGGCAGGACAGGGGGCUCGGGGGUGAUGUUAGCUUCGACACGAGAGGCCUGCACACGCUCGAGCUCGGGGCCGGCACCGCGCUGCCCAGCAUCAUGGCCGGCCUUCUCGGCGCCGCGAGCGUCGUCGUGACGGACUAUCCCGCCCCGACGAUCAUGAAGACGCUCCGCGAAAACGUCGCCCGCAACACCAAGCCGGAACUCGCUCCCACGGGCAAAUCUUCUCUCGUCACAGCCUCCAUCCUCGUCGAGGGCCACGAAUGGGGCGUCUUCGACGACGACGCCUCGUCAGCGUUCCCUUCUUCGCAUGCCCACCUCGCGGACCGGCUCUUCGUCGCAGACUGUCUCUGGAUGCCCUGGCAGCACGAGAACCUCCGCCGGUCCAUCGGGUACUUCCUCAAGAAGACGGUGGAGGCGCGGGCGUGGGUCGUCGCGGGCUUUCACACGGGGAGGGCCAAGAUGGCGCCCUUCUUCGAUGCGGGGGCGCUGCGAGAGGAGGGCGGCGUGGAGGUGGAGAGGAUGUGGGAGAGGGAUUGUGAUGGCGUGGAGAGGGAGUGGGACGGGGAGCGUGAGGACGACAUUACGGAGAGGAAGAGAUGGCUUGUGGUUUGCGUGCUGAAGAGGGUGGAUAUGUGA